AUAUUCACCUCGAUCAAGCAGAACAGUUCUUUGAUACUGAACCUAAAUAUGAUAGCGAUAAUGGUGAUAACAAUAACAGAGAUUCCCCUGAAUUUCUAGAUAAUGAGCCGAAUUAUAUAGAAAUGAAUAAUAACACAGAUAUUGUUGACUAUUACAUUGAAAAUGAACAAUUUAAUGAUAUUAAUUUGGACCCACAUAAUAAUUCUUUGGACAAUAUUAAUAAUGACAUAUUAUUUCCAGUUGGUAAUAAUGACGGCUCUGUAGAUAAUAUCCAAAGCCAUUUCGAACCAAUGACUGUCAAAGCAGCAGAUUUAACCGAAAAAUAUAGUCAUGGGAAAAAUAUCAUCGAAGAAAACAAACAUACAUUAAUUUCAGAAGCAAGCUUAAAUAUAACUAACGAUGAUGAAGCAAUGAAUAACGCUUUUCUGGCAGAUUCCAGUCUAAUCAAAGAAUUAUCUUCCCAAAAUUAUGAACAGGGCGAAGAAAUUUUAAAUAAUGUUGAUUAUAGCAUUUGCAAUGUAAAAAGUAACGAUUCUCAUUUACACAAUAGAUUAUUCCAGAACCAUGAUUAUAGUACGAGCGAUCUCAACACUUCAAACUAUACUGAUAGGUCUUUAGAUUCGCCAUUUUUGAGAAAAUCUACAGUUCUAUCCAUGUCCCAAACGGAAAACAGUAGCGGGGCUAAGUAUUGGAUCUCCUUUGACGAUAAAUUGACCAAUGAGGAAUGUCAGAAAAUUCUCCGAAGGCACACAGAUGUACCCGGAUUUGUUACGGUAGAUUUUAAUUCAGACACUAAUUUGAAGGCAAGGCGUUCAACAGUGUUGAUCAAUGAUAAUGAACCUUCCACUUCUAGUUAUUAUUCUGCAAAAACAGAUU